CUUUGCCUUCCUCGGGCUUGGAGCGCCAACCGGGAAACGCCUUCCCGCCGCCCAAUCGGGAGCCCGGAGGGGUUUGAGUGGCAGGCCGAGGGGGGGCCUAAGGGUCUCCCCCACACCCCUUGAGAAAAGUCUUGGCAGCCCCUCGGGGAGGGGACGAGGGGAUCCUCGCGGAAGAAGCGCUUCCCUCGCCCUUUGCUGGGCUGUACUUUGGAGUAUGGCCAAAGGCCGGCGGAAGAUGCCCCAGCCCAAGCCGGGGCGGGCGGCAGCGGCGGAGGCGGACCAGGGCUCCGGAGGAGGAGGAGGAAGCGGCGGCGGAGACAAGCGGGAGCCGGCCCGGCCCAGGAUGAACGGGGAGAACAUCUUUACCUGUCAAGCCAAAAUUUACAGCUACGUGAAUCCCAGUAAAAUUUCCACCUCUCGGCCCCCGCUUCAAGAGGAGAACUCCACCACACAUCCCGAGACGAAAGGCCAAACCAGCAAACUUGAAACUUGCCAAAAACUGGAAGACCGAGUACCGGUGGGUGACUCGGCCUCCAGCGUUGCAAAACCCAACAGACAGAACAGCAGCGCCACCGAAUGUGAAUCGUCCGCUUCUCCCUCCAGCCCCAAUCCCGAACCGACGGAAAUUCGGAAACUCCCACCAGCCGAAUCGGACGUGGUCCCCAGCCAAAAGCAGGGCCCGAACAAGGGAAGCAAAAAGCCUACGUCCCAAAGGAAAGGCCAAGGAAAAACGCCCCCAAACCGAAAAGUAACUGACUAUUACCCGGUUAGAAGAAGUUCCAGAAAGAAUAAAAAAGAAUUACAGACAGAGGAGAAAAAACGAAUAGAUGAGUUAAUCAAGAGUGGGAAGGAAGACGGGAUGAAGAUUGAUUUUAUUGACGGCAAAGGCCGGGGCGUCAUUGCCACCAGGCAUUUUAACCGGGGUGAAUUUGUGGUCGAAUAUCACGGAGACCUCAUUGAAAUUACGGAUGCAAAGAAACGGGAAGCCGCUUACUCCCAGGAUCCAUCAACGGGCUGUUAUAUGUACUAUUUCCAAUACUUGAGCAAGACUUUCUGUGUCGAUGCCACCAAAGAGACGAACCGCUUAGGACGUUUGGUGAAUCACAGCAAGUGUGGGAACUGUCAGACGAAGCUGCACGACAUCAGCGGAGUCCCCCACCUCAUCCUGGUGGCGUCCCGGGACAUCAAAGCUGGCGAGGAGUUGCUGUACGAUUACGGGGACCGGAGCAAAGCGUCUUUGGAGGCCCAUCCCUGGUUGAAACACUAAAGGGAUCCCUUGCACGAGAAGAUCCCUGCUUCGAUGCGUCCUUCCCGUCUGCAUGGACAUCUCGUGAACCGUUCGGAUUUCUGCACUCGAGGGACGUAUUUUUUUUAUAUACAAACGCAAACACUUCAAUCUUGAAACUGAUCGAAGAAAGGGUGAAUUUUGGGAAGAAAAACCUGGUUUCCUCCUUUUCUUAGCCGGGCACCCCGUGAAAGCGGACACGAGAACAUUUGAGGGACCGUCUAGCUUUCCUUAGAGGUGUUUGGGCCUCCUUGUCCAGGAUGAUCACCUCCGCUUUGGGAGGUGGGGCUGGAGAUUUGGGGUGAUCUCUGCCUCAGAAGCUGCGGGGGAGAAGAUCAUGUCUCUGCUAAAUGGCCAGGAGAUGCUGGUUCAGGAGAGCAGCUGGAAGAACCAACCCCCCCAAAAAACAACCCCGUAGUCUCUUCAAAGUAGCCCCUUUGCAGCCUUAUUUUUUUUUUAGAAAGAGGAAGAAAAUUGGAAACCUGUUUUAACUCUGCUGGGAAUCACUGGACUUGUCGUCAAGAAGGAACUACAGAGCUUGCAGUGUGGAAACCAGGGUCAGCUUGUCCUUCAAGAACCCGGUUUCCCCGGGGUCUGGUUGUGCGCUGCCUGCCAUUUUAUCAUUAUUAUUAUUUUGCUAUUGUGAGCCAUCCCCCCAAAAAAAUCGGCACGGGUGAGCGGAGGAAGGAAGCCAGGGAGGCGAGUUGGGACUGUGGCAGGCGCUAAACAGCCUUCUUGCUUCGGCAAAGUCCUCAGCUGGGAGAAGAGACCCAGCCGUUUGAACAUUGGGGUUUGAUUCUCGGUGCUUUCUGGUACCCCGAGAUUUUCUCCCCAGGUUUGCAAAAGAGGUUGGUGGAUAUGGGGUUGAGAAAACGCAUCGCAGGUGGCCACGGGACGUCGAAAACCAGCGGAGGAAUUGAGCCGCGCUUUGUAUUUUGCUCCCUUCUGUCUGUCUCUCUCUUUUUGGGGGGAAGAGAAGUGGAGGGGGGGGAAAACCUGCUUUUAAUGGAAUUUGGGCCUCGUUCUUAAACAGGGACUUUUAGCCACCGAAGGUUUUAGGAUGAAAUCACUUCCCAGCUCGACUAUUUGGUCGGAGAAUUUAUUUAACUCGGCGUUCCCGGACGUGUAGAAACAGGCCAAGUGGAUCAGGGCGAAUGGAAUGGGUCGUCUCCCGGGGGGGGAAAAAAAAGAAUGGAUCGGGACUACAUUCCCCAGAAUUCUCAGCUUUCAUCCCUGGUGUGUGGGGGGAGGGGGCUAGGUGAAGGCUGCUGUAAAGCACUUUGGGGGGGGGGGGAGAAUUGGGAAAGGCGUAAGGAUCAGGAGGCAGAAUGGAGAAACGUGUUUUCCAAGUUUUACUUCCUGCUGGAAAUUCACAUACGCCAUUUAUUUUUUUCCCCUCCGCGUGCUCUCCGGAAGGGUCGGGAAUGACACACCUGGCUGGGAAUCCUGGGAAACGUAGUCCCAGCUGAGCGCCACACUCUUGCAGGGAGAGAGAGAGCGCGCGAGAGAGCGCCGUUUGAAUAAAGCUCCGAUACCCUGACGUUGGCGCUACAGAAACCGGGGACCUGAGGGCGAUGGUGUGUUUUUUAGAAAUGAUGAACAAAGGAAUGAUCUGAAGAAAAUUAUUUCGCUGUACGAGAGUAUAAAUAAAGUGAACUAUUUAUUAAAAGA